AUGGUGGGCUACCCCAUCAUGGACGUCCGACCUCUCGGUGGGCCGCUGGACUACGUCUGCUCGCUGGAGGAGGUGGUCAUCCUCACGCUCAACGACUUCGGUCUGGCCGCCGAGAGGAUACCUGACGUGAUCGGCGUAUGGGUUGGCGACGUGAAGGUCGCCUCCGUGGGCGUGCGGAUAAGCCGGGGCAUAUCCACCCACGGCUUCGCACUGAACGUGAACACAGACCUGUCCUACUUCCGCCACAUUGUGCCCUGUGGAAUGCCGGGCGCGGUGGUCGGCAGCAUUCAGAGCCUGCUGGGAGCCCCGGUCGACAUGGACCUCGUUGCCGAGCGGCUGGUGCACCACUUCGGAAACCAGCUGCGCAAGACGAUGGUGGAGGUGGAGCCGGCGGAGCUCGGCGCCCCCGCCGGCGCGGCGACGCAGGCCUAG